UGCAUUUGGCAAAUAUUAGCAACAGGAACCUUAUUUCUACAACUGGCCUUUAGAUUGCAGCCACCAUACGGCUACGUUAAUACAUCGAUGUGAAUAUGGAAAUAUUCUUUUUAAUUGCGUUGUUUGUUGUUGGUUGGAGCAACGCUAUGAACAUUUCCUGGCACAAAUUUGGACAAGAGGAAUAUUUCAUUUCAACUUCUAUUACAGUUGAUGGAAUUAAUAACGCCAGUGCUGAGUGUCAGAAAUUAAACGGAAGUCUUGUAAUAAUCAAGGACAACGAAACACAGGAGUUUCUGGUGCGAAAAAUAGGACAUGUACCCAGAUAUCCGUUCGCGUUUUACAUCGGUUUACGAAGAUUCAAAAACACAAGCGAUGGGUUUAUUUGGGACGACGGGGCUUCGGUUACUUCUCGCCCAACACAUUGGUAUCCUGGCGAACCGAAUAAUUACAUGGGCAAGAACGAGGGUUGUGUGACUAUGGGUUUACAAACAAAUUCCAUGCCCUUUUUAUGGUAUGACGAAGCGUGCAAUCUCCCAAUAAGAAUAAUCUGUCAGAGGAGCCUUGUAAGACGCACGAAACCUGUCGUCACAACAGCAAGCAUUUCAAGCUCACCAACACAUAAUCCGGAAAAAUCAAUCGGUGCCACGACACCAUCAGUGGCGUCAUCUGCUACUCUGCCAACUUCAUUCACCUCACCCUCAGUUAACACACCUGGUUUGAGCAAUACAGUUAUUUACAUCAUCGUUGGAUGUGUCGUGGGUUUCGUUUUGCUUGUUGUGUUGUUGGUAAUAUGUUGUUGGUGGAGAAAGCGACAAAGGAGCGAGAAGAAAGCGCCCGAAGUGGAAAUGAAUGUCUAUGAGACGCCAAUCCAAGCAGCAGAAGUUGUAGCCGUGCCGGAUGGCGUAUAUAACAUGGCGGACGAGACCAACAAUGCAGCUGCUAGCUGUUCAAAUGAAGCAGCAUACAACGAAUUGUUCACUUCUGCUCAACCGAAUGCGACAAACGAUACUGGUUAUGGAGUUUUGCAAGCACCAGAAGAAUAUGCAACAUUAGAGCGUAACGAAAACAACAAAGUUCCAGCCGCUGGAUUGUACUCGAAACUUGACAGGGCAAAUGACGUCAUUUUGAACGGAAUUGACUCAGAAGGCAACGUGGGUGUAUAUUCGCAAGUGACCAAAAAUAGAUAGCAGAAGUCAUCACGUUUAUCAUCGCAUGACACACAAUUUUUUUUAGAAACACAAUGUUUUCAUACGGUAUACACCGGACAACCAUACGACUUUUCUAUAGUCUUACUUUACGACUUUGUUAUAAUUGAAAAGUGUUUCAUUGAUUUGUGAUAUUUAUUUUAAACCGUGUUAUAUUUGAUAUUGAAUAUGCUUGCAAAUAUAGUGCAUUUGUUCAGGCAA